UCAAGUGCAAAGGCGAGAGAGUUUGUUUUUGUUGAAGUUUUGUGCAUGUUUUGUGGUUGGUUGGUGUUUCUCUGAAGAAAGGGAUUUCUUUAAAAAUGUCCACCCUUGAAGAUAAAGCGAUUUGGGAUGAUGGAGAAGAAGCCCUGGGCGAAGAAGUUCUGCGUAUGUCUACCGAUGAAAUAGUAAGUCGAACUAGACUUCUGGACAAUGAAAUCAAAAUUAUGAAGAGUGAGGUUAUGAGGAUCAACCAUGAGUUGCAAGCUCAAAAUGAAAAAAUUAAAGAAAAUACAGAAAAAAUUAAAGUAAACAAGACUCUUCCAUAUCUCGUUUCAAAUGUGAUAGAAUUAUUGGAUGUUGAUCCUCAAGAAGAAGAAGAGGAUGGGGCAGUUGUGGAUUUAGAUGCACAAAGAAAAGGGAAAUGUGCAGUAGUUAAGACAUCUACUCGUCAGACUUAUUUCUUACCAGUAAUUGGCCUAGUUGACGAAGAAAAAUUAAAACCAGGAGACUUAGUGGGUGUUAAUAAGGAUUCAUAUCUAAUACUAGAAACUCUGCCUGCUGAAUAUGAUGCUAGAGUUAAAGCUAUGGAAGUCGAUGAAAGACCAACCGAACAAUAUUCAGAUAUAGGUGGUCUUGAUAAGCAAAUACAGGAAUUAAUAGAAGCUGUUGUAUUACCUAUGACCCAUAAAGAAAAGUUUAUAAACCUAGGGAUUCAUCCACCUAAAGGGGUCUUACUGUAUGGUCCUCCUGGUACUGGCAAAACGCUAUUAGCCAGGGCAUGUGCUGCACAAACCAAAUCAACAUUUCUCAAACUAGCAGGACCUCAACUAGUACAGAUGUUCAUAGGAGAUGGAGCUAAAUUGGUUCGAGAUGCUUUUGCAUUAGCUAAGGAAAAAGCUCCUGCAAUUAUAUUUAUAGAUGAACUUGAUGCUAUUGGAACAAAGAGAUUUGAUUCAGAAAAAGCUGGUGAUAGAGAGGUACAAAGAACAAUGUUGGAACUUUUAAACCAGCUUGAUGGCUUUAGUUCUACUGCAGAUAUUAAAGUUAUUGCAGCCACCAAUCGAGUUGAUAUUUUGGAUCCUGCACUUUUAAGAUCAGGUCGUCUCGAUCGUAAAAUAGAAUUCCCACAUCCAAAUGAAGAGGCCAGAGCUAGAAUAAUGCAAAUUCAUUCACGAAAAAUGACAGUAAGUCCCGAUGUUAAUUUUGAAGAAUUGGCUCGUACAACUGACGAUUUUAAUGGAGCCCAAUGUAAAGCGGUAUGCGUUGAAGCAGGUAUGAUAGCACUGCGACGAAACGCCACUGUUGUAACCCAUGAAGACUACAUGGACGCGAUAAUGGAGGUACAAGCAAAGAAAAAGGCGAACCUAAAUUAUUACGCUUAAAAUUAAUAAUUUUAAAGUCAUUUUAAAAAUCUCGAUGUGUAUGCAGAUAUCAUAAUUAAUUAAUGAAUAGAUUAAUUUGCAUUUUUCGCGAUUACAAUAGUUGUAU